AUGUCGAAACAAAUAACUAUUUCUCCUGUUGAUAAUAAGCCAUACGUCACUAGAACUUUAGCUACGACUGAAGAAGUCAACAAGGCAAUUGAACGGUCAAAUAUAGCCUUUCAAGCAUGGAAAAAAGUUCCAGUCAAAGAGCGUGUGCAAAUUAUGACCAAAUUUGUUGAUGCCUUUGUUGCAAAGAAAGAAGAUUUGUCAAAGGAAUUGACUUUGCAAAUGGGAAGGCCAAUUAAAUAUGGGCCCAAUGAAAUUAAUGGAACAGAGGAACGUGCACGUUAUAUGACUUCAAUUGCAGAGGAAGGCCUCAAAGAUGUUGAAAUCACGGAUUCUGAUAAACCUGGUUUUAAGCGAUUUAUUCGAAAAGAGCCAUUAGGUCCAAUUCUUAUAAUUGCUGCUUGGAAUUAUCCAUAUCUCAUUUCUAUAAACGGUGUUGUUCCAGCACUUCUUGCAGGUAAUACCGUUAUUUUGAAACAAUCUUCUCAGACUCCUUUAUGUGCCGAGCGAUUUGCCGAAGCUUUUAAGGAGGCUGGUCUUCCAGAUAACGUGUUUCAGUUUUUGCACAUGUCACAUAUUGAUACGGAGAAAGCCAUCAAGAAUCCUCUUAUUGCAUACAUAAAUUUCACUGGUUCAGUUGAAGGGGGUAGAGAAAUCCAAAAAGCGGCCAGUACUAAAUUCAUUGCAACUGGACUUGAAUUAGGUGGCAAGGAUCCAGCAUAUGUACGGCAUGAUGCUGACAUCGAUUAUACUGUUGAACAGCUUGUUGAUGGUUCAUUUUUUAAUAGUGGCCAAUGUUGUUGUGCGAUUGAACGAAUUUAUGUUCAUGAAAAAGUAUAUGAAGAGUUUAUUCAGAAAUUCGUGGAUUUAACGAAGCAAUAUAAAUUGGGUGAUCCAUUGAAUCCUGACACAACUCUCGGUCCCAUGGUUCGUACUAAAGCUGCGGAGUUUGUACGAAAUCAAAUUGAAGAAGCCGUUAAUCAAGGUGCAAAACCUUUAAUCGAAACUGCAUUGUUCCCGCAAGAUAAGAAACAAACACCAUACAUGGCACCUCAAGUUCUUGUUAACGUAAAUCAUUCAAUGAGGGUCAUGACAGAAGAGAGUUUUGGUCCUGUAAUUGGAAUCAUGAAGGUUUCUUCGGAUGAGGAAGCAAUUCGGCUGAUGAAUGAUUCAGAGUUUGGUCUUACAGCCAGCAUUUGGACUAAAGAUCCUGAUGCAGCUGUUGCGAUUGGAAAUGAAAUUGAUACUGGAACUUGGUUUAUGAACCGUUGUGAUUAUCUUGAUCCAGCUUUAGCUUGGGUUGGAGUUAAGAAUUCAGGGAGAGGAUGCACAUUGUCAAAGUUUGGAUUUGAUUAUCUUACAAGACCUAAAUCUUUCCAUUUGAAGUUAGUAACUAAAUGA